UGUUGACGGCGCACGAGUCUGAAAGUGACACUGUCACUUUAAGAAUCUCACAGUUGACGCUGCACGUGGUCGGACCAACAUGGCGAUACCCUGUACAGUUUAGGUGGAAGUGAAAUCAACGUUAAUAGCCGUCUAAAGCCAGCAGACUGAUGGCGGAUCUUGGUUGUGGUUCCACAUCAGAGGCUUCAUCCUCAAAGGAGGGUAAACCUGAAGAUCUCACUCAAGAGUCCAAAACUGAUGAUCCCAACCCCGAAAGCAUUGAGGCCACUUCUGACCCCAACAUGUACCGUUACAUCAAAGAAUACCUCUUCACCUCAGAGAUCUAUAAAGUGGAGAUCAGGAACCUGCCCAAGUUCAUCGGCUUCAACGACCUGAAGAAGUUCCUGGCCAAGCACGGCCUGAACCCGCACAAGAUCAAGCUUUUUGGGAAGCAGACAUUUGCCUUUGUUACUUUUAAGAAUGAGGAGGAGCGCGACAAGGCAAUGAAGAUGGUACAUGGCAUGCAGUGGAAGGGCCAGGUCCUGAGCGUCAGGCUGGCCAAACCCAAAGCGGACCCUAUCAUGAGGAAGAGGAAGCAAGAGGAGGGAGAGGGGCCUGGGGGGCAGACGGCGUCCAAGAAAACAAUGGGAGGUGAGGAAGAGGAGCCGCUCACUGUACAGAUUGCCAAUGCUGUGACUCCUCUCUGGAAUGUACCUUAUGAGGAGCAGCUGAAGAUAAAGGAGCAGGAGGUGGUGGAAGUUCUGCAACGACUGUCCAAGGAGAUAGGCAGCACCAACAAGGCCAUGUUGCCGUGGAUCUUUGCACAGAAAGGAAAAUUCAACAAAAUGUGUUGUCCUCUUGAAGCUAUACGACCUUCUCCGACACAGACAGAGUACAGAAACAAGUGUGAGUUCCUCAUCUCGGUGGGUGCUAACGGGGAGGAUAAGACCAUCGGUUUCCGCUUGGGGAAGUAUAAAGGAGGCUCCUGUGCUGUGGUGGGACCAGCGGAGACCUGCCAUGUGUCCCCCGAGGCUAAGACGAUGGUCCGCGAGUUUCAGAGGUUUAUCAGGACAACGCCAUAUUCAGUGUACAGUCCUGAGACAUAUGAGGGCCACUGGAAGCAGCUAACUGUACGCACUACGAGGACCAAACAAGCGAUGGCUAUCAUCUUCUUCAACCCACAGAAACUUGAAGAAGAGGAGCUCAACACCCUGAAAAGCUCCAUGAAGACCUAUUUUCUUGAAGGAGAGGGUAAAGAAAGUGGCAUGACCUCUCUGUACUUUGUUCGAGAGGGUCAGAGAACAUCUCCCAACCUAGAGGACUUGCCCUGUGAGCUUGUGGCUGGAGAGAGCUGCAUUCACGAGGAGCUGCUCGGGCUGAAGUUCAGGAUAUCCCCUCACUCCUUCUUUCAGGUGAACACAGGAGCUGCCGAGGUACUGUACUCAGCUGUGGGGGAAUGGGCUCAGCUUGAUCAAGACAGCACAGUUCUGGAUGUUUGCUGUGGGACCGGAACCAUCGGAAUCUCACUGGCUAAAAGAGUUAAAAAGGUGAUUGGGAUUGAGCUCUGUCAGGAAGCAGUGGAGGACGCCAAAAUGAAUGCAAAGCUUAAUGAUCUUAGUAAUGUUGAGUUUCACUGCGGAAAAGCUGAGGAUGUGUUCCCCAACAUCCUGAAUGCUCUGGUGUCCCCCAACGUCACAGCAAUCGUGGACCCACCAAGGGCAGGCCUGCACUCCAAGGUCAUCCUUGCUAUCAGGAGAGCAGAACACCUGAAGAGGCUGGUUUACGUGGCAUGCAAUGCCAAGGCCGCCAUGAGCAACUUUGUUGACUUGUGCAGAGCUCCCUCAAACAGGGUUCACGGCGCUCCGUUCCGUCCGGUGCGAGCUAUGGCCGUGGAUCUGUUUCCACAGACGAAGCACGUGGAGAUACUUCUACUGUUUGAGAGAGUGGACUACAACUCCCAGCAGCAGACUUAGCGUUGACCAGAAACAGAUUCUCUGUAGUUUCGGCUUUCCGUUCUCUAAAUGUAUGCACACUUACUACCUUUAAGUUGACACUUUUUCCCUCUUUGGAAGUUUGUAUCUGAAAAUUAACUUAAGAAAUGAGGUCUUCAGAUGUUUUGUUUGGACAUGCAGCAUUUUUAGACAAGAACUAGCCCAGACUGUGUGAAGACCAAAAAAAAAGAAUAAAGAACUAAGUGUGGCUGAAUAAAA